AUGUGGAAUCCAGCCAUCGCUGACAUCACGCUGCUGGCGCUGGGCACGUGUGCGCCUCAGAUCUCCCUCGCAGUCAUUGACGCCGUCAGGCGGCUGGGCAAGACCGGCGGACAGGGUGAGCGUGGUUCCAGGUCGUAUGACCUGGGAGCAGGCACCAUCAUAGGCGGCGCAGCCUUCAACAUUUUCCCCAUCCUGGCUGUGUGUGUGCUCGUGCCUCCUGCUGGCACUGUCAAGCGCAUUUCAGACGUGGGGCUCUUUCUUGUCGAGUUCCUCUGGUCGCUCUGGGCCUACGUGUGGCUCUACAUCGUGCUACAGGUGUGGACGCCAGGCGAGGUGACGAUAGCAGAGGCGGUGAUGACAGUGCUGCAGCUGCCGCUGCUCAUGCUGCACGCAUACGCCCAGGAGCAACGCUGGCCCUUCAUAGCCCUGCCGCUCUCACCACCCACCAGCCAACCUCCCACUGCUUCCUCCGAAGCCGUUGCUGCGACAGCAGGAGCUGCUAGCUCAGCAAUGCAGGAGGGUGUUGAAAGCGCAACUGUACGAAGUGCUUCCUUUACAGAUAAUGGUAUGGCAGACAGGGUUGUUGCAGGCAGCGGUGCAGCAGUAUCUGGCCUGCAUGGAGAUUUAUCUCCAGGUGUUGCCUCUGGUCCUGCUAUGGAGGGCCAUGCAGCACUGGGCGAUUUUUCCACUCCAAGCAGGAGCAGGAGGAGGCGGAGGAGCAGUGAACACGAUCGCAGCAGCAGGCGCAGCAGUGGUGGUGGUGGUGGUGAAGGGGGCAUGGGGAGAGGUAGUCGCAGGCAGAGCCUAUCGUCUCAGGCGGAGGACAGAGAGUGGGACGAUGCGGAGGAGGAUGAAGAGGUGGGGAGGGGAAGGCGCAGCUCUGGGCAAGCGUUUCAGCAGGGGGAUGUGGAGGUGCUCCCUCAGCCAGACAGCCAUGCCCAACUCAUUGCUUCUAGGCAUUCACAUGGGAGCGAUGGCAGCAGCGGUGGGACAAAGGGCGUGUCGUUUGGCAUGCGGUGGAGGCAACAAAUCGUGCUCUCCAUGAUGCUACACCCAUCGGAUUACAAUGAUCUCACAGCACAAGGCAGCAUGCACCCCUCACAUGAGCAACCAGCAGCCCGUAAAGCCCAGCCAGUGGCAGCGAGGGUGCGGCGGGUGGUGGUGCAGGCGGUGUGCUUCUUGUGGAAGGCGCUGUGUGCGGUGCUCAUCCCCCCGCCUGACGCGCUGCACGGCUACCCCGCCUUCAUCACCAGCAUCCUCGUCAUCACCCUCAUCGCUGCCCUCGUUGUCGAGCUCGCCUCGCUCUUCGGCUGCGUCACAGGGGUGAACUCGUUCGUGGUAUCCAUAACGCUGCUGGCGACGGGCACAUCCAUCCCGGACCUCAUAGCCAGUGUGGUGGCAGCAGACCACCUGCCCACUGCUGACUCCGCCAUCGCCAACAUCAAUGCCAGGAGGCGCUUCGCGUUGAACUCAUCGCAGCUCUCCGCUUUCCGCUCGCUUCAACACUUCGACAACGCAGCGCGCUGCUUCCGCGGUGUGCUACAGCAGCAUGCAUGCAUCUCCGUCCGUUUCGUCUCUGCUGCUUCCCUUCUUCUCUUCCGCAUGCCUCUUCACUCAUUUGUACUCUGCUCUUCCUCCCCGUUGCUCCAGGAGGUAUCCCCCCCACCAACCCCCCUUGAGUGUGCUACAGCAGCUGUUCAUCCUUCCCCUUGUGCUGCGCGAGUGCUCCUUGCUUGCAUGCGCGUCCUCCGCACUCCCCCUCCUCUUCCGCGGACUCCCUUCUCAUCACACAUCCUUCCCCCUCUUCGCCUUUCCUGCCUCCCUAUCCCGCAGCCUCGCGCCUGGCGUCAAGGAACAUGCCUUCGGCGGGCGUCGCGGGGAGGCGCACAAGGGGAGCUGCUGUGGGGACGCGCGUGGGAGGCAGCAGCGGGGCGACUUGGCUCUCCCUCAGCCACCAGCGCACAGCGACCAACAGAUGAGUAUCACUCCGCCAGCCCUUCCCGCUCGUUUCGCAUGCCCCAUAGCACACCCAAGCCCCCCAUUUUGUUAAGAGCCCUGCUGGCGUCAACAAACGGCCGUCGCUUUGCCUGGCGAACGCUCGUCAAGGGGACGUGGGGCGCGGAGGCAGCAGCAGAGGUUCAGCGGGGUGCCAGUGGGAGCAGAGGCGUGUGGGGAGGGGCGCAGCUGCUGCACUGCACCCAUCAGUACCUUAACUCGACGCAGUUAAGUCUUGGGGUCGCUCCUCAGCCCCACUCUGGAGUGGUGGUGGAGAGUGGUUGGAAGUGGUGGUGGAGAGUGGUUGGAAGUGGUGGUGGAGAGUGGUUGGAAGUGGUGGUGGAGAGUGGUUGGAACUGGUGGUGGAGGGUGGUUGUAAGUGGUGGUGGAGAGUGGUGGGGAGUGGUGGGGAGUGGUGGGGAGUGGUGGUGGAGAGUGGUGGGAAAUGGUGAUGGUGCUGCGGUUGGAGGGUGA